CUCACAAGUAUGAUGAUGAUGAUGAUGAUGAUGAUGAUGAUGAUGAUGAUGAUGAUGAUGAUGAUGAUGAUGAUGAUGAUGAUGAUGAUGAUGAUGAUGAUGAUGAUGAUGAUGAUGAUGAUGAUGAUGAUGAUGAUGAUGAUGAUGAUGAUGAUGAUGAUGAUGAUGGUGAUGAUGAUGAUGAUGAUGAUGAUGAUGAUGAUGAUGAUGAUGAUGAUGAUGAUGAUGAUGAUGAUGAUGAUGAUGAUGAUGAUGAUGAUGAUGAUGAUGAUGAUGAUGAUGAUGAUGAUGAUGAUGAUGAUGAUGAUGAUGAUGAUGAUGAUGAUGAUGAUGAUGAUGAUGAUGAUGAUGAUGAUGAUGAUGAUGAUGAUGAUGAUGAUGAUGAUGAUGAUGAUGAUGAUGAUGAUGAUGAUGAUGAUGAUGAUGAUGAUGAUGAUGAUGAUGAUGAUGAUGAUGAUGAUGAUGAUGAUGAUGAUGAUGAUGAUGAUGAUGAUGAUGAUGAUGAUGAUGAUGAUGAUGAUGAUGAUGAUGAUGAUGAUGAUGAUGAUGAUGAUGAUGAUGAUGAUGAUGAUGAUGAUGAUGAUGAUGAUGAUGAUGAUGAUGAUGAUGAUGAUGAUGAUGAUGAUGAUGAUGAUGAUGAUGAUGAUGAUGAUGAUGAUGAUGAUGAUGAUGAUGAUGAUGAUGAUGAUGAUGAUGAUGAUGAUGAUGAUGAUGAUGAUGAUGAUGAUGAUGAUGAUGAUGAUGAUAUGUCACCGUAUCUGUACGCAUUAUUGGAUUUAUUUUAUUUCAUCUUGUCGUUUCAAGUGUUUGCUGUUGCUUGA